AUGCACACUGUCAAAGAGACGGACAUGCUAGCCACUAAGCUAGAUCUCUUGCUCAAGCGUAUGGACGAACGGGAGAAAUCUCAAGAACUUAUGCUCAAGCCUGUUCAAGCCGUGGACUCGCACCUCACGUGCAAGGUCUGCGAAAAUGGAGGACACUCGGGGAGCAACUGGCCUGAGACCCGUGAAGACAUCGCUUACAUGACAAACAAUAAUAACGAGUACCGUCCUCAAGGAGGUCAAGGGUGGAACCAGUCGCUCCCCACACUACCAGGGAGCCGGAAGAUGGCUAUGGAUGAGCAGUUUGCUCGUUUUGUUGAAAUGAUCCAGAAGAUACAUGUCAAUGUCCCCUUGUUGGAUGUGAUGCAUGUACCAAUGUACGCAUGGUACAUCAAGGACAUCAUCAACAGCAAGAGACCUCUGCCCACCACUAAAGUCAUCAAGCUCAUGGAAGAGUGUAGUGCGCCUAUACUCAACCGAGUCUUAGGAAAGAAGAAAGAUCUGGGGUGUCCCAUGAUCACAUGCUCGAUCAGGACACACCACUUCGACCACACCCUAUGCGACCUUGGGGCUAGCGUUAGCGUGAUGCCCAAGGUCAUCUUCGACCAGCUGAACGUCAUGCACCUAUCGCCCACAUUGAUGCAUCUCCAGCUAGCCGACUCUUCGGUCCGCUAUCUGGCAGGGAUUGCAAAAGACAUUGCAGUGAAAACCCGGGACUACUUCAUUCAUGUUGACUUUGUGGUGCUUGACAUGGAAAAAACAAAAGAGAAGCCGCUCAUUCUUUGGCAACCAUUCCUAAGCACAGCCAAAGCACACAUUGAUGUUGAAGCUGGAGAAAUCCGCUUCAACAUUAAUGGCAAAGAGGAGAAGUUCAACUUCCAUCCCAAGUAG